AUGGCACAAUCAAUAAAGAAAAAAGCCAAGACAGACCACACUGGGGCCAAACCACCCCCUCAAUCGAUCUCUGAUUCGUGGGUCCAAACAUCCAAUAUGGCGGAUUUUGGCGGCGCGCAAAGUACGCUGGAUUCAGGGACGGUUGUUGGUCUUGCCCUAGUUGUUGCCUUCUUCAUUACGGGACAUGGCUUUAGUACGUUUGACAAAACAUUAAAGCAGUGCCUUGGAAUAAGUACUGUUACAAAGAACAGGUACUAUGAAGUGAUCAAGCUAAUAAAUCCGAUUAUUGCUGACAUUCUGAAUGAGAUGUGCGAAGAAGAAAAGGAAAGGAUGAAGAGGAUUGAAGGGACAGAGCUGGGUAGUUGGGAAAGGGCUGUAACCUCAGAUGGAGUCUGGCAGACUCGAGGUUACUUCAGCAAGAACGGUUCAUUCAUUAUCAAGAAUUAUUUGACUGGUGGCCUGGUAUGGUAUGGACACAAAUGUAUGAAGGGGGGUGAUGAUUUGAUAGAAGAUGAGUUGUUUGAGGGCACAAGUAAGUCGAUGGAAGGUGUGCUGGCAGGUGAAUGUUAUAAGCAGGCAAAAGAUGAAGGCUGUUGUGUUGAAGUUGUGUGGCAGGAUGCCGACUCCAGCUCUGCAAAUGCUGUGGCAGAGCACCACCCAGGAGGAAAGGUUUACAAGUGUGGUGGCCAUGUUGGAAGGGCGCAUACCAAUAAUUUAAAAGAGGCUGCAAAGAGGAAGUCGUUCAGCGCCACCAUGAUUGCAAAGCAUAAAGCUGAAUACCCAGAGAUCGAGAAAGCCAAAUGUGGUUGCAAGAGACACAAAAAAGGAUGCGGAUGUCUGUCCGAUGCUUUCAUUAAAGCAGCAAAAAUAAAUCACUUUUGCUGUCUUCAGCAGUGUAAAGAUCCCAAAGAGUAUGCAAGACGCAUGAGGGCUCUUGCAAAUCACCAUUGCAAGAAUGAACAUGUGUGGAAUCAUGGAAAAGAAAACUGUGGAUUCCAUCUUGAGAAGCAGUGUAGCUGCAAGGGAUGUGAUGAUGAUGAAGAAUUGAAGUGUGAAGGUGUUGCAUAUCAAACCAAAAAUGUCCUUAAAUGCAAUUAUCAUUGGCUGGAGUACAAGAUUGAGUGCGAGAGGCGUGCCAACGACGCUAGCAGUGUGAUCCAUCCCGAAAUGGGAAGAGGCCAGUCAAAUCUCUGCGAAGCCCACUUUAAUGUGCUACCACACUUCCGUUCAAAAAGCCAGAACCUUUGCAG